AUGCCACCUGUGUCGCGGCAGCUGGUGGACUUGGCCAGCAAGUACUGCAAAGAAGGGACAACUGUAAACCCUAAUUUGAGGUUUGAGGAGUUUCAAACGAAAGAAGAGAGGCCCUGGGAUUGUUUAGACACCGUGGAGUUCGUGCUAGACGCGGAGGACAUCUACGGCAUAGUAAUUCCUGACCUAGAUGCGGACUCAUUUGAAACAAUUCAGGAUGUAAUUGACUAUGUGGUAAAGGCUGGGUUUAGGGUUUGCCCCAGAAAGCUUCUUUCUCCUCCGCCGUCUCGAGCUUGUUGCGUCGCAGCAGCAGCAGCAGCAGCAGCAGCAGCAGCAGCACAGCAGCAGCAGCACAGCAGCAGCAGCAGGGAGGGGAGUAACAGCAAUUGCUGCAGCAGGAGCAGCAGCAGCAACAGCAGCAGCAAGGACUGCAGCACAGCAGCUGCAGCAGCCACACCAGUAGCACCAACGAAGGCAGCAGCAGCAGCAGCGGCAGCGCCGCGAGUAGCAGCAACAACAGCAGCAGCAGCAGAAGCAGCAGCAGCAGCAGCAGCAGAAGCAGCAGCAGCAGCAGCAGAAAGACUAUGCCGUUCUCAAGUUCCUUGCUCUCGGAGCCCCUGGGCCCUAGCUAUAACAGCGAGAGCCCAAGCUUGCAGCAGCAGCAGCAGCAGCAGCAGCAGCAAUCGUGGCAGCAGCAGCAGUGGCAGCAGGCAUGGCAGCAGCAGCAGCAGCAGCAGCACCCACGCAACGGAACGAGCUGCAGUUCUGCCUCGCCUGCGGAGCAGCAGCAGCAGUUGCUGCUGCUGCAGCAACAGCAGCAGCAGCAAGUGCUGCUGGUGCAGCAGCAGCAGCAGCAGCAGCAGCAGCAAAGAUUGCAAGGAAAUGGAUGGGAAGAAUCCGGCAGCAGCAAAUCGUAUGGAGGGUCUUCUUGGGACUCCCGGGAGUGUGUCUUUCUGCCUUUUCAAGCGAGAGCAGCAGCAGCAACAGCAGCAGAAACAGCAGCAACAACAGCAGCAGCAGCAGCAGCAGCAACAGCAGCAGCAACAGCAGCAGCAACAGCAGCAGCAACAGCAGCAGCAACAGCAGCACAUGAGCAGCCAGCAGUCCGGCUGUCUGUUGCGCAGACCCUCGCUACUCCCCGCCACCGAAAACUGGAGCAGCAGCAGCAGCAGCAGCAGCAGCAAAAAGAGCAGCAGCAGCAGCAACAGCAGCAGCAGCAGCAGCAGCAAAAAGAGCAGCAGCAGCAGGAUGUGCAGCCCGAGCAGACGACAACUGCAGCCAAGGGUUGUCAGGGCCCCUCUGCUGCUGCUGCUGCUCCAGCAGCAGCAACAGCAGCAGCAGCAGCAGCAGUUGCUGCUGCUGCUGUCCGCCCCGCAGCAGCUGCUGCCGGCAGUAUCUUCUUCCGCUCGCCGCCGCAGCCAGGAUCGUCGCCAGCAGCCCCCGCAGCAGCAGCAGCAGCAGCCCCAGCAGCAGCAGCAGCAGCAGCCAGCAGCAGCAGCAGCAGCAGCAGCAGCAGCAGCAGCAGCAGCAGCAGCAGCAGCAGCAGCAGCAGCAGCAGCAGCAGCAGCAGGAAGGAGACGCCGCUGCAUUCGAAUUCGUCUGGAUCGCAUGCGAGAUGUGCUGCCGACAGAAAUAUUUUUAAAUGUAAUUUCUUUUUGUGCCUCUUUGGGGGCCCUUGGGGGGCCCCCCGAGGGGGGCCCCCUGAGGGGCCCCCAGACGCCGAGGGAUCUGGCAGCAGCAGCAGCAGCAGCAGCCGCAGCAGCAGCAGCAGCAGCAGCAGCAACGCCAAGUUCUCCCCGUACUGAAGCAGGAGAUACAGAGGACCAGCAGCAGCAGCCGCAACAGCAGCAGCAGCAGCCGCAGCAGCCGCAGCAGCAGCAGCAGCCGCCGCAGCAGCAGCCGCAGCAGCAGCAGCAGCCGCAGCAGCAGCAGCAGCAACAGGAGGUGCCUGAGCUGCUUGGUUACAGUUUGCGGCAGUCUAGGCCCGCGAGAGAAGCAGCAGCAGAGGCGCAGCAGCUGCUGCUGGCAGCACCAGACUCCGCAGCAGCAGCAGCAGCAGAAGCUGAGUCAGGAGCAGCAGCAGCAGCAGCAGCAGCAGCAGCAGCAUCUAGAGGGUCGAGGCUGCUUGCUGCUUUCCUUGAGCUUGCUGAUGCUGCUUUAGAGACUGUGGGGUCGGGGCAGCAGCAGCAGCAGCAGCAGCAGCAGCCGCAGCUGCUGCUGCUGCAUGUUUACAUUGCGUGUUGUGUCUUAUGUGGGAAUGCUGCUGUUGACUUCGAGGCUGCUGCAGCAGCAGCAGAAGAAGCAGCAGCAGCAGCAGAAAUUGCAGCAGCGGCUGCAGCAGAAUCCGAAGCAGCAGCAGCAGCAGAAGCAGCUGCAGCAGACUGCUGCCUUGACACUGCGUUAGAGGAGACUGCUGCUGCGCCAGCAGCAGCCGCUGCAGCAGCAGGACCUGCUGCAGCAGCAGCAGGACCAGCAGCAGCAGCAGCAGCAACAGCAGCAGCAAGACUGGCUUUGUUUUGUCUCCUUGUUGCAGCAAAAAGAAAACUGCAGCAAAACCUCGAAGGGGCCCUUCCCCUUUCGGUGGCGAUGGCCCAGCGCUACGGAGACUUUUCCCUGCUGCAGUCGUGCUACUGGCAGCUGCGCGCGCUGCUGCGCAAACAGAAGCUUCCUAAAGAAUGGAUUUGCUGCUCAGCAGCGCCUGCAGCAGCAGCAGCAGCAGCAGCAGCAGCAGCAACAGCAGCAGCGGGAGAAACAGCAGCAGCACAAACGCGCACGUGUCUCGUUUGGGGAGAGUUCAAGGUCCCGCUGAGCUGCUUUGAAUGCGUAGUCGCAGCAGAGGCGAAGAGGAAGGCGUUGAGUCUAGGCUCUCCCAAGGGGUAA